AUGAAUUUAGAUUGGAAAGAAAAUUUUGAAGAAAUUGAAAUAACUAUAAGAAAGGAAAAAAACAAUCGAGAUGAUCUUUUAAAUUUUUUUCAUGAUGAUUUUUUUUUUGAAAAUUAUUAUUCUUUAAAAUUAGACAAUGUAAAAGAUAUUCUAAUAACAGAAGUAUACAUUAGAAUAGUUGAUAAAAAUAAUACUUUCAAUAUAGAUCUAUAUGACAAAAUAAGCAUUCAUAAGGAGGAUAUAAAAAUUAAAAAGCAUGAAGAUUUUUUAAUUUUAAAAUUAAAAAAGAAAGAAAAAAAGUUAUGGGGGCAUUUGCAUUUUUUUUCUUUAUUUAUACAUUAUAAAAAUAAAUUUUAUCCAAAUUUAUUGAAAUGUACAAAAGAAGAAAAAAAUAAAUUAUAUGAUAAAGAAAAAAAGUUUAAAACUUUAAUAAAUAUGAGAAGAAUAAAAAGUUUAGAGGAAUUGAAAAAAAUGAUAAAAAAACAAAAAACACAUAAUGAGGAAUUUUGUAGAAAAUUGGAAGAUGAUGCCCAAAAAAUGCAAUGGAAAUCAGAAGAAUUAAAAAAUGAACAAUUAAAAAUACUAAAAGAAAAUGUUAAAAAAAAAGCUAUUGAUUCUAUAUAUGAAGUGAAUGAGCAUUAUGAUAUUAGUGAAGCUGAUCAAAAUAAUAAUAUUAAUGAAGUUGAUCAAAACAAUCAAGUUGAUGAAACGAAUAAAAAUAUGAAUGAAACAAAUAAUAAUUCUGUUUUAAUAGGAUAUAAUAAUAAUAAUAUUAUAAAAAAAAAUAAUAUAUUAUUAAAUAGCAGAAAUGUUAAAAAUAGAGUAAUAGAGUUAAAAUUUACUGAAUUAAAGAAAAGUGAAAUUCCAGCUAGGGAAACGAGAAAUUUAAAAAAAACAUUAUCAAAUUAUUCAUCAACAAAAAAUUUUUUCUUAAUAAUAUUAAUAGAAAAAGCGAAAAAAAUGUUUUUUAAAAAUUCGGAUUUCUCAAGUUGUUUAGAAAUAUUAAAUUCAAUAACAACUUAUAUUUCAACAGGUUACGAGCUUAAUAGAGAAGAACUUAUAAAAGUUUUAAAUAAUUUAUCUCUAUUAUACCUAUUAACAAAUAAUUUAAAUAAAUGUAUAGAGGAAUGUGAUAAGUGCUUAAAUAUAAUAAAUGAAGAAUUAAAAAAUUAUAGUAAUGAAGAAAUCAACAUCCAGAAUACUUUUUGUGAGAAUCAUUUUCCGAAAACAUUAAAUUUUUUAGAAGAAAUUAAAUCACAAAAUUAUGUUGAAUAUUUGUAUAUAAUAUAUUCAAUUGUAAUUGUAAGAAAAAUUUAUGCUAUGAUAAAAAAAAAUGAUUUAAAAGGCAUUGAAGAAAAUUUUAUUUGUAUAGAAAAGGUCCAGAAUUUUUUACCUAAAUGUUUUUAUGAAAGUAUUAAAAAAGAUGUUCACAACUUAAAGGUUUUCAAUAUAAUAAUUCCACUUCUUGAAAGCCAUAGUUCAAGUAGUAAAGAAAUAAAAGAAAAUUUAUAUAAAUUAAAUAAUCAAAUUUCAGAAGUAACCUAUGAUUUUUCUUUAAAUUUCUAUUUUGUUCUCAAAAGAUCUUUUUAUUUAAAAAAUUUGAAUUUCUUUUAUAAAAAUAUUAUAAAUAUUUUAUUGUGUUUUUUUCAUAUUAUAGAUAAGCACAACAAAAUGUAUAGUCUUCUAAAUAAUAUAGAACAAUUUAGUUUAACAAAAUUUUUGCUUAAUAUAUAUGAAUUUGUUUUACUUUUGAAAAAUAAUAGUAGUUUUAUGGAAAAAAUUAUAGAAAUAGAAAAAUUAAAUAAAGUAACUGAAAAUUCAUUUAUCCAAGAAAAAAUAAUAGACGUUUUAACUAACUAUCUAAUACAAGAUCAUGAUAAUGAAUUUGAAUUUUUUCAAAAACAUAAUUAUACUUUAAAAAGAAUAAUCAUUUUACUUUGUCAUUCUAAUAAUGAUGAAGAAAGGGAUAAAUUGGAAAAAGAAAAAAAAGAAAAAAAUAAAAAUGUAAGAAAAAAUAUUAGUGUAAUUAAUUUAUCUUUUUCAGAUAUAUUUUAUAAUAAUUUAUACAAGUUAAAGAAAAAUAAUAAAAUAGUAAAGGAUAUUAAUUGUUCUAAUUUUUCAAAGAGUGAAUUAAAGAUAGAAUUAUUUGUAAAUGAAGAUUAUUAUAAAAAUUUAAAAGAUAGAUGUGAAUUAUUAAAAAUAGAAUUAUCUUUAGAAAUUAUAAAAUUUAUAUGUUAUACUUUUAAUUUAAUGCAAAGAAUAUAUAAAGAUAAUAUGGAAGAAAAAAAAAUUAUUAGAAACGUAAUAUUUAAUUUAUUAAUAGAUCUUUCUUAUUGUAUUAGUAAUUUAAAUAGUUCAUAUUUAAAAAUUGAAAACAUAGUUAGUGUCAUUUUUCUAUAUUUUUGCUUUUCCUUUAUUUAUAAUUUCGAAAAUAAUGAAUUUCUUAUUGAUACACAAUUAAAAUCAGAAUCAAAAAUACAUUUUCAUAUAUUAACUUUAAAUGAUGUUGAAACAAAUAGAAAGAUAUCUAAAGAUACUAUAAAAAAUAUUAUCACAAAAACAUUUUUAAAUAACUUUUAUGCAGAAUAUAAAAAUUUUAUAGACUUAAAAAAAAAAAAGGAUGAAUAUAUGAAAAAUAGUCAGUAUAACAUAAUGUUAAAUAAAACUUGCUAUUUAAUAAAAAAAAUAAAAAGUAAUAAUAAAAAUCUAGAAAUUGCAUUAAUCAAUAAUAAAUAUGUAGAGGAAAUAUUUAAUUUUCUAAUUUGUUUAAAUAAAGAAAAUUAUUAUUUAAAAUCGAUUCAAUAUAGUAUAUUACUGUUAAGUCAUGAUCUAAAAUACUCAAAUGUUUCUAAGUUUAAUUUAAACUAUAUAUAUAUAAUAAAAAAAAUUUUUAACAUGUCCUUUUUUAUUAAAAAUAAAACAUAUGAAAACCAAACUAUAAAAAACAAUACAACUAUCUUAAAUCAAGAAAAGUUAAGAAAAAUUUUAUCAUAUUUUACUGAUUCUUCUAUUAAAUUUAAAAAUACAAAACGAGUUAAUUUUACAAGAUCACUAACAAAUGGAAAUGUAGAAAAUAAUUUAGUUUGUUAUUUAGAAACUAUCAUAAAAAAAUACAAAAAAAUAAAAAUAUUCAGAAAUAUAAAUUUUUGCCUAAAACAGAUUAAUGCAAACCGAACUAUUAUAAUAAAUAUCCAAAAUAUUAUCAUUAAGUAUUUGGAUAAUCUUUUAAUUGAUUUUCAUUUAUUGAACUGCGUUCUUCAAUUUAAUAGAUUGAAUUUGUCAUCUUAUUUUUUUAUUAAUAAAAAUAUAAUAGAAUUUAAUGAUUUAAAUAGUAAAGUUAUCUCAACAAAUUGCAAAAACGUAUUUAACAACAAACUUGAGAUUAAAAAUAUUGUAAAUUAUUACUUUAUAAAAUAUUUAAAAGUUAAAAUUAUAAUCCUAAAUAAUAAAUAUUACCUUUGA